UCUUAAGAAGAAGAAGAAGAAGAUGCAGACAAGUUAAAUUUCAACUUAAGUAGUGCGUUUAUUUCAUCUUCGCUGAUUUAAAUUUGACAAUAAUAUACAUUUGUACGAUCCGGUGUUUACUCUAAAGAAGAUCUGCUGAAUAACACACAUCAUCCAGAAUGCGUUCUGGAUCAAUAUAAGUAGAAGAAAGCGCGCACCAACGGUGCCCUUCUAAAUCAGGAGAAAGUGAACAUGGAGCCUGCGAGUCUGGAGAAUCUCAGUGUUUUGCACCACAGCGAAAACUAUAUAGUUGUUAACAAACACUGGGACAUCCGUAUUGACAGCAAAAUGUGGUACGAGAAGCAGACUGUUCAGAGUCAGCUGAAGCAUCACUUCCCAGAGCUUGCAGAUCCUGGCACCUAUUAUGGCUUCAGGUUCUGUCAUCAGCUGGAUUUCUCUACAAGUGGAGCUUUAUGUGUAGCACUGAAUAAGGCAGCAGCCGGGCACGCAUACCGCUGUUUUAAAGAGAGACUGGUUACCAAAGCUUAUCUUGCAUUGGUUCGUGGCACCGUGGCUGAGGAAAGAAUGACUCUGGACUUUGCAGUUGGCAAGAACACAACAGAGGGCAAGACCCAUAUGAUGUGCAUUGAAGGAGCAGAAGGAUGUGAGAAUCCUAAACCCAGCCAGACAGAGCUUACAGUUUUAGAGUAUGGAGCAUAUGAAGGAGAUCCAGUCACAAAAGUGCUUUUGCAGCCUCUGACAGGACGGACGCACCAGCUCAGAGUCCACUGUAGUGCUAUUCAUCACCCCAUAGUGGGAGAUUACACCUACAGUCUACGGACAGACAACACUCCUUAUCGCAUGAUGUUGCAUGCGUACUUCCUGCUUAUUCCACUAGAGAAGGAACCAAUACAGGUUAUAGCCUCAGACCCUUUUCUGCCCAGCUUGGACUCCAAAUGGGCGCCACAAAGGUGUCUGAACCCUCUAGAUGAUCUACUUAAGAAUAUUUUAACAAAGCAACAAGCUGAGAUGAAAGCGAGCCAAGAAGAACCAGAGACAGUGCACAGGAGGAAAAGCAUCCCAGUUGAGAGCGAGGAAGAAAAGGCUGAGUGUCAGCAGUGGUUGUGUGAAUGGAAUCUUGACUAAUGAACUUUUAUGCUUGGUAGCUUGCUGGUGUACACUACACUAGGGAUGCUACACCACAAUGAUUCCCUUCUUUUAAAGGCAGCUUGUAGCUAAUGCACCUCAAAAACGAUACUUGAACAGAAAAGCACUGAAAGAGAACUGACUUCUGAUAACCUCCAUAUUUUUCCAGUACGCCACAUGUAAAAAGUUUACAUCAGGUAUUGCUUAUUGUAUGAACACCUGUAUAGGUUAAACUUUUACAGUUUUAAAUCCAUUUUAAAUCAUUUUGCUUAUUUUAAUCCGAUUUUUAUAAGUUGUUUUUGCAUUUUUUUUUACGUACAAUAAUUUAAAAUCAUUUUUCCCUUUCAUUUAACUGUAGGAUGGUGCUUAUAAUUCCUAUAGCUAAACUUUAUGCAGCAUGUUUUUAGAACAUUCGUUGCAUCUACAAAAAACAGCGGUCUAAACAAUCCCUACCUCACAAAAAAUGAUAAAAAAUUUGGUUACUAAAGUGUGUCGAAAAUUCAGCUUUGGAUUCUAAAGUGUUUUGAAAAUUCAGCUUUGGAUACUAAAGCGUAUCUAUGCCUACACAGUAUUUUUGGUGCAUGCAAUGUUAUUUCAAGAAAGCCUUCAAAAUACCGCUGUAGUCACUUAUAAUGAUUCAGUAUAUACAGUACAUAAAAAAAACAUUUAUUAACGACUGUAAUGUUUUAGCACACAGAAAACAUUUAGUGUCGCAGAGAUGGUAAAGCCAAGCAUUGUAAUAAAUAAAGGCCCUUCAGUCUAUCAGCU